AUGAGGCCUCCUACAUCACCACCUAAUCCAAGUCAAGAAGAUUUAUUGCAACCAGGGCAUGAAGUAAAAGACAGAUGGCGUGUAGUAAGCAAAAUUGGAUUCGGAGGGUUUGGAGAAAUCUAUGAAGCACUUGAUAUUACUUCCAAUGAAUUAGUCGCCUUGAAAGUGGAAAAACCGUCAAAACAGUCUUUAAAGAUGGAAGUUUCAGUUAUCAAAACUCUUCAAGGAAAUGAUGGUAUCAGUCGCUUUGUACAUGCUGGAAAAAGUUCAAGUUUUAACUAUUUAGUCAUGGAAUUACAUGGUCCCAGUCUUGCAGACAUGAAACGAAGAUUUCCAAAAGGUUUUACUUUAAGCACAACAUUACGCCUAGGAAAAGAAAUUCUGAAAAUUCUUACUUGUCUUCAUGAAGCUGGUUUUAUUCAUAGAGAUAUAAAACCUGCGAAUUUCGUUGUUGGAUCAAAAAACUGCACAAAAAAUGAGAAAAAAAUAUUUAUGAUAGAUUUUGGGCUUGCUAAGCAAUACCGUACAAGUUCAGGAGAAGUAAAACCACCUAGGCAAAACAUUGGAUUUCGUGGCACGGUUCGAUAUGCAUCUCUGAGUGCCCAUCAGCAUAAUGACCUAGGAAGAAAUGAUGAUUUAUGGUCAUUUUUUUACAUGCUUGUUGAAUUUGUCCAAGGCAGUUUACCUUGGAAAGGCUUGAAAAAUCACGAUGCAGUUCGAGAUUUGAAGGCGAAAAUUCCCCCACAGAACCUAAUUAAAUAUUUUCCAACUGAAUUCGAACCAUUUUUAGGACAUUUGCUUCAACUCACUUUUGAAGAUACACCAGAUUAUGCAUUGCUUGAAAAUACGUUUAAUGAAUGUAUGCAAACUAGAGGAGUCAAAGAUGAGGAUCCAUAUGAUUGGGAGCAUAUUAAACAUGGCUUUGUCAAAACAGACUACCCUGCUGGACCAAUAUCAGUGUCGGAGCAGUCUGUGGCGCAAAAAGAUGACGACUCUUUGAGCAAUGAAAAACUGGAUGUUGUUAAAGAAAAAGGUUGUGUUAAAUCAAAUAAAAACAGUAAGAAGACCAAAAAGCGCAAUUCUCUAUCAAAUGAUAAGCGUCAGGUUGCGAGCCCUGUGAUUUUUGCUGAUGAUUGCAAUAACUUUUUACAAGAUUCCUUUGACAAUCUUACUGAUCCUGACAAGCAACAAAAUCCCAACGCUACAAUUGUGCCAUCUACUUCUGCAUUUCUUGAUGCAACGCACAUUUCAGUUGAAAAUAGAAGUGGUUUAUGCAUCUCGAAAUCUCAAAGUAACCUUUUAUCUUCGUCACAGUUUGCUGUAGCAAAUGGCGACACCUCUAUAAUUCAGUUUACUCUUGGGGAUGAAACACAAUUAACUUCGGUUUCAAAAUUGCAAGAAUCUGUAGAGCUUAGUAAAAAUACGGACCCUGUGCCGCAAAUGGUUCAUGAUAUGGAAUUUAAUACAACUUUCAAAGAGAGACAGUAUAAUUUUAAAAACAUGUUUGAUUUCUGCUCUGGAUUUCAAUUCAGGAAUAAUGAUUACAGAAAAGGUAUGCAAACUCAGUUAAAUUGGCAAGCAGAAAGAAAUGGUUUGAAAUUAUUUGAUGUUUGUGAAAAGCGACGACGUCCCGUUCGUCGUUCAGUUUCGCAUCCUGCAAAAGUUCACCCUAACGUAAAAGUUAGAAGCCCUGUUGUAAAAAGAGGAGAACUUUCAAAUUUCUUUCAAAUGGGCAAUUUAUUCUCUAGUGGUCAAUCUGCUCAAGGUUUGCCACGUUGUUGGAGUUGCCCUACUAUUUCACUUCAUAUUCGAUCACACUUACAACCUCCUUUGAAACAGCAAGCCUCGUUUGAUGAAAGUGUAUACGAAGUAGAUGUUAUGAGAAAUGUUGCGGCGAAACAGACAAGCGUCGAGUCCGUAUUUUCGAGUGAUGAAAGAAGAACCUCUUUGCCACAUAUUUCCGCUAGUGAUGCUCUGUCUGAAGAAAACCAGAAGUCAAACAGCAUGAUCUGUGAUCAGAGAGACAAUUUUACAAGCUAUGUGAAAGAGAAAAGUGAUAAAAAUAGUUUUAAAAGUGGCCGUAAAAGCAGCACCGAUUCUUUCUCAUGUUCCCAAAAGAGCAUUUGUUUUGCCGAAGAAAGCAGAAACGUCUUAUGUAAGGACUCAAAGCAAAAGUCAACUAAAUUGCAGAGAAGUUUUUCAAUGCCACGUAGCAGAAGAUGGGAAGUAAAAGAAAAUAAAUGCAAUUUCAAUUGGAAUAAAGCAAGUUUUCCACUAAAACCUUCUUAUGCUAAUGCUGAAAUUGAUAAACAACUCUCUAGUAUUAAAUAUCCGGUGGAAAACAGUUGCAAUGCAGAAAUCAAAACAAAUGCAACUCUUUUGACUAUUGAAAACGGAAGGAGAAAAAACAGUUCUACCUCAUUUUUAAAUAACAAAGAAGUUUCUACCGUGAACGGUACUAAAGAUUCAUCAAGUGAAGAAAAGGAUAUUAGUAAUAUAAGAAGAAUAAAAUCAUCUAAGUCUGAUUCUAGAGUAAAUAACAUGAAAAAUAAUGAGAAUAAUAAUGGUAACAAAGAUAAAUCUUAUAACCAAAUAGUCACUAAAUCCAAUUUACUAAAUGGUGAAAAAUAUGUUGACAGUAUAAACAAGAAUAAUGUAAACACAGAAAGGAGUGAAAAAGCUACGAAAGAAAACGAAAAUAUUUUAUUUCGUCAGAGAAACAUAGAAAACUCAAAUGUGGUCAAAAGCGGCCUUGCAUUUGAAAAGUUUAACGACUCGCAUAAGUUAGACCACCAACUCGUUGAACGUCCUAUGCCUGGUAUUGUACUUGAUGGAAAAGAGAAAGAGAACAAACUAUUAAAGGAACUUAAUGGAAAUGGAGAAAUUGUUGUCGAUAAUAAAACUUGCAGUAACAAUCGGCAGCUGCAAAAAGAAGAAAACUCAAAGCGUCUAAUAGUACCAUUGCACUGUGAUAUUUUUUGCAAUGAAUCAAGUACUUCAAAUUCGGGUGAAAUUAAUGGUUCCCCACCAAUAGAUGAACCUCCAAAAUUUGAUGGCAAAAGUAGCCGGUUAAGAAGACGUCGAGUCGACCCAGACAGCAAAUACGUAAAUGACGAAAGUGAGCUUAAACUUAAUUUUCUUAGAAGAAGACAACGUCCGAACUCUGUUAUGAACUUAUCUCCAGUGACUUCACAAGUACAUUCUUAUAAUUUACAGGUGUCAACUUCGAGCGACAGUCUCUUUAAGCCAAAUAAUACUCAUUCCAUUUACAAAAAUGAAAUAAAAAUGAUGAAGUCUGAUAGCUUAGACCGAGCUGAAGAAUCUUCAAUCCAUUCAGAAAGUAAGCAGGUGCCCAUUUUCUACCAAGAUGUUGAAAAUUAUGAAAAUUCUGUAAAUAAACUUUCAAACGGUCUGCCGAUGGAUCCACCUCACAAUUACCACUUCUCUUCAAGGUAUCCCUAUCAUCAGUCCAUGUCCCAUUGCUGUUAGUGGUGAAAAUUUUACUUUUGCAGUGUUGCUUUUCGUGUUCAAUAGAUCAUUUUGUGAUGUCUUUUGCUCUUCAUAUUUGUGUGUUAUCAUCGUAAUUUAAUAUUUGAAUUACAUCUAGUGAUUUAAUGUUAUCUUCAAAUCUUUUCUUAUAGCCUUCAUUCCAACGUUGCGAACCUUAAAAAAAUAGAAAUAAUUUAAAUGCUUUUUUUAAACCGAUUUUGUAAAAUGCAUUUUAUAAACAAAAUGUGUUUCAUGUAAACACAGCUAUUUCUUCUUAGGAAAAUCCACCAUCAAAAAAUUUCAUUUGUCUUAACUGUCUGCAUGAUUUUAUAUUUCAUAAGUAUAUUAAUUCCAUUCAUUGAUAUCCAAACACUUUAAAAAUGACUCCAAAUCAUUAUUUUGCUUUGACAUUUUCCAAUUAUACAAAUAACACACUAUGCAAUUUUUUUCUCUUAUGCUGUCAAUGAGCAGAGCAAAAAAUAUUCUCAAAUCAUUUCACAGCAUCCUAUAUAAUUUUUAACUGUGUCAGCAAUAUUCAUUGUAAAAUUACAAAUGUUCUUAAAACAAAAGGCUGUUAAAUUGCAUAAUUUAAUGGAAAAAUAAUAUUUUAUUUCAUUAAAUUUCUAACCUUCUAAAAUCUUGUUACAAAAGUGAUGUUUAACUUUGAGUUUGAAUACAAUUUAUGUUUAAAAAAAAAUGAAGUAAGAUUCAAAAUAUUGUUCUAUUAUGUUACAAUUUAUGGCAUACACUUUUAAACACAUUGAAUGUACAUGACGAUUCAAACUUGUAUUUUCUUACAAAAUGAAUAUGUCCUAUAAAAUGCAGUGUUAAUUUUACAGUAUUGAUUUUGUCACUUUUAUGUUCAUUAUCAAUUUCUUUGCUAGAAUUGAAAAAACUAUAUGUGUCCAUUCAUCUUUUGCAAUUUGUACAACAUAACGAAAAAAGCGAAUCAUGUUUUAUAUUUUAACCAUUGGUGCUAACAUACUAUUUGUCAAUGAAUUAAAUUUAUUUAGUAUUUUAUGUGUGAUAUAAAUAUCUUUUUUCAAAGAAAUUUUCGUUCAAAAGAGUUAUUUUUUAAGCGUUCUCACCUGGUUCACUAUAAAACAGACAAGUAGGGGAAUGUGAAGCAAAGUGAAAUAGCGGUGCAAAGUGAAAUGGUGAAACAUUUGCUCUGCUUAUAGCGCCACUUUUAUAGCGCCACCUCUAUGGUAAUACUUUAACUACAUGCCAACACAUGUAAUCUAUUCCAGUCAAGAAAAAGUUAACUUUGAAAAUCAAGGAAUAUGAUGGGUAAAUCAAGGUAUAUGCAAUUUUCAAAAAUCGAUACUCAUGUUGUAAUACUUUGUUGUAACUCCAUAACUAUUUCUGUUAUUA